UUUCCCAAGCAUUUUCCAUCAGAGCUUCCUUCGCAAAUGGUUUAUUUUCACCGAGAUCUCUGUAAGCAAAGAUUUUCUGCUCUUUAAAUGGAUACCUAUAAGCACAACAUUGUUGACAUUAUUAUUGGUUAGUCUUAAUUUUCAGUAUGCCUAGGAAAGGACGAGUGUUUUAACGAAGGUGGAACAUCUGAAUACAGAAGAGCUUCUUAUUUGUCCGAUGUUUUCCCCCUCCGAGGAGAAGAUGUAAUGCAUUGACUGCAUCACCACACUGCAUCUUUCUGGAAAAUAUUUUAGCCCUCUAUAAACUACUGGGAAUAAAUAGCAUAACGAAAAGGGGUAUUUUUCAUGCAAGAACAUCUUUUUGGAAACAAACAAUAUAUCUGCCCUUCUGGUUUCAAUGGCAGGAUUUGAAGGAGCUUACUGCUGCAGGUCCAUUAACCUCUUUUGAGAUGGGAUUUGCAUAUUUGUGAUUCUGAUCCAGCCUACUGAAGGAGUGCGAAGGAACACUCACUAUUUUAGCUCACCUGGGAACUCUACUUGAGCUAGAACCAGCUUACACUGAAGCAAUGUGGACUUCACAGCUGGUCCUCUUCACUGUGUUCUGCAUACCCACAGUACAUGCUUUUAGUCGUGCACCCAUACCAAUGGCAGUUGUAAGGAGAGAACUAUCCUGUGAGAGCUACCCUAUAGAACUACGCUGUCCAGGAACGGACGUCAUAAUGAUUGAAAGUGCCAACUACGGAAGGACAGAUGAUAAAAUCUGUGAUGCUGAUCCAGCUCAGAUGGAGAAUAUUCGAUGCUACCUGCCAGAUGCCUAUAAGAUUAUGUCUCAAAGAUGCAAUAAUCGGACGCAGUGUGCAGUCAUUGCUGGACCAGAUGUUUUCCCGGACCCUUGUCCUGGAACAUACAAAUACCUUGAGGUUCAAUAUGAAUGUGUUCCUUACAAAGUGGAACAAAAAGUUUUCCUGUGCCCUGGUUUGCUAAGAGGUGUAUAUCAAAGUGAGCACCUGUUUGAAUCAGACCACCAAUCAGGGUCUUGGUGCAAGGAUCCCCUUCAGGCUUCAGAUAAGAUCUACUACAUGCCCUGGACUCCGUAUAGGACUGACACAUUGACAGAGUAUUCUUCCAAGGAGGACUUCAUAGCAGGGAGGCCCACCACCACUUACAAGCUGCCCCACCGAGUGGACGGAACAGGAUUUGUGGUAUAUGAUGGGGCACUGUUUUUCAACAAAGAGCGCACACGCAACAUUGUGAAAUUUGACCUUCGCACACGCAUCAAGAGUGGGGAGGCCAUCAUUGCAAGUGCCAACUAUCAUGACACUUCUCCCUAUCGCUGGGGUGGCAAGUCCGACAUUGAUCUGGCAGUGGAUGAAAACGGGCUGUGGGUCAUCUAUGCCACCGAGCAGAACAAUGGAAAAAUAGUAAUUAGCCAAUUGAACCCUUAUACUCUGCGCAUCGAGGGGACCUGGGACACAGCCUAUGACAAGAGGUCAGCCUCCAAUGCCUUCAUGAUCUGCGGCAUUCUCUAUGUGAUCAAAUCGGUUUACGAAGAUGAUGACAAUGAAGCCACUGGGAACAAAAUUGACUACAUCUACAAUACUGAGCUUAGCAAAGAUGGCUACAUUGACAUCCCCUUCCCCAAUUCAUAUCAGUACAUAGCAGCUGUGGAUUACAAUCCAAGAGACAAUUUGCUGUACGUUUGGAACAACUACCAUGUAGUGAAGUAUUCUUUGGAUUUCGGACCAAUGGAUAACAGGCCAGAAUCGUCUUCCUCAGUACUGAUCUACCUGGAUACUACAAGCUCUAGAACAACAACCAGAUCCACUGCAAUCACUGCAACCAAAGCAACAAUGACCACCAUUGCUGGGCGACGUGCCAAGAGCACCACCACCUUAAUACCACUUGAGGAGGGUAAUCCAGACAUCACCACAAGGCCCACUCCAUCAUCCCAGCUGCCAAGCAUAGUCACAGAGGGUUGUGAACCGCUGGGAGAACCUGACAUCUCUUGGCCCAAGACUCGUCAGGGACAGGUUGCAAAACAGCCUUGUCCUCCAGGCAUGAUAGGUGUUGCAACCUUUGUGUGCUUGGCUCCUGAUGGAUACUGGGACCCACAAGGACCGGAUCUUAGUAAUUGUACCUCUCCUUGGGUCAAUCAAAUCACACAUAAACUGAAGUCAGGAGAGACAGCUGCUAUCAUUGCAAGGGAGCUUUCGGAACACACUAAGAGUCGGAUUCAUGCGGGUGACAUAACAUAUUCUGUUAAGGCACUGGACCAGCUAGUGGAUUUGCUUGAUGUGCAGCUGCGCAACCUUACUCCAGGUGGAAAGGACAGUGCAGCUCGCAGUUUAAACAAGCUGCAGAAAAGAGAACGCUCUUGCAGAUUGUAUGUCCAGGCAAUGGUGGAGACUGUCAACAACCUUCUUCAGCCUUUGGCCCAGCCUGCUUGGCAUGACUUGACAACCAAUGACCAGUUACGAGCAGCCACCAUGUUACUGGACACUGUGGAGGAGGGUGCCUUUGUACUUGCAGAUAAUCUGCUCAAGACAGAUGUUGUUCAGGAGAACACAGAAAACAUUAAGCUGGAAGUUGCUAGAUUAAGCACAGAUGUAACUUUGGCAGACCUGAAGUUUCCCCAAACUGGUGGAAAUGGAAACUCCAUUCAGCUAUCAGCAAGUACUUUAAAACAAAAUGGUAGAAAUGGUGAGAUUAAGGUUGCUUUUGUCCUCUACAAGCACCUCGGCUCCUACCUUUCCACAGAGAAUGCCAGCAUGAAGUUAGGGAGUGAGGCCAUGUCCACCAACUACUCUGUCAUUGUCAACUCUCCUGUAAUUACUGCUGCCAUAAACAAGGAGAGCAAUAAGGUCUACCUGUCAGACCCAGUGGUGUUCACUGUCAAACACUUGCAGCAAUCUGAAGAGAAUUUUAAUCCCAACUGCUCGUUCUGGAGCUAUUCGAAACGCACAAUGACAGGAUGCUGGUCAACACAGGGAUGCAGGCUGUUGGGAACCAAUAAGACUCACACAACUUGUUCUUGUAAUCACCUUACCAACUUUGCAGUUCUGAUGGCACAUGUGGAAGUCAAGAAUGCUGAUCCUGUCCAUGACCUACUACUGGAUGUUAUUACUUGGGUGGGAAUCCUGCUCUCGCUGGUCUGCCUCUUGAUAUGUAUCUUCACUUUCUGCUUCUUUCGGGGCCUCCAGAGUGAUCGCAACACCAUUCAUAAGAACCUCUGUAUCAGCCUUUUUGUGGCUGAGCUGCUCUUCCUCAUUGGAAUAAAUCGUGCUGAUCAACCGCGGCGUCGGCUCCCACGCUACUCGUUCCAGUCUGCCGGCCAGCUUUAUUUCCACCUUGCCCUUCGUUAUUGUGUGGGAGUUUACAUCGUCCAUCACUUACUGCGGGUGAAUCAGGUCAACACAAACACACCUGUUCUAAGUGGUCGUGACCUGUACUUUGAGCUAAAAAACCAAAGAUGUUGGCUCAGGCUUGACACCUACUUUAUUUGGAGCUUCAUAGGCCCAGCAACCUUGAUAAUUAUGCUCAAUGUAAUCUUCCUUGGGAUUGCACUCUACAAAAUGUUCCAUCAUACUGCUAUACUGAAACCGGAUUCAGGCUGUUUGGACAAUAUAAAAUCAUGGGUUAUAGGUGCCAUUGCACUGCUCUGCCUCCUGGGACUGACUUGGGCCUUUGGACUUAUGUACAUCAACGAAAGCACAGUCAUCAUGGCCUAUCUGUUUACCAUAUUCAACUCUCUUCAGGGAAUGUUCAUUUUCAUUUUCCACUGUGUCCUCCAAAAGAAGGUGCGUAAGGAGUAUGGCAAGUGUCUGCGCACACAUUGUUGCAGUGGGAAGAGUGUAGAAACCUCGAUUGGUUCAGGGAAAACAUCUGGUUCCCGAACUCCUGGAAGGUAUUCCACAGGUUCACAAAGCCGAAUCCGUAGGAUGUGGAAUGACACUGUCAGAAAACAGUCUGAGUCUUCCUUUAUUACGGGCGACAUAAAUAGCUCAGCAUCAUUGAACAGAGAGGGACUACUGAACAAUGCCAGGGAUACAAGUGUCAUGGAUACUCUACCACUGAAUGGUAACCAUGGCAACAGCUACAGUAUAGCCAGUGGAGAAUACAUGAGUGACUGUGUCCGAAUUAUAGACCGUGGCUACAACCACAAUGAGACAGCAUUAGAAAAAAAGAUUCUGAAGGAACUCACUUCAAACUAUAUACCCUCCUACCUGAACAACCACGAGAGCUCUAGUGAGCAGAACAGGAACCUAAUGAACAAGCUUGUGAACAGCGCUGGCAGAGUCAAUGAAGAUGACGCCAUUGUCUUAGACGAUGCCACCUCUUUCACCCAUGAAGAAACCUUGGGUUUGGAGCUUAUCAGGGAAGAGUCUGAUGCCCCUCUGCUACCACAAAGAGCUAAUUCAACACAAAACCAUCAGCCACAUCACUUCUCUCGGAGACGGAUCCCUCAAGACAACAGAGAGAGCUUUUUCCCCUUGCUAACCAAUGAGCAUACUGAAGACCUGCAGUCACCCAAUAGGGAUUCUCUUUAUACCAGCAUGCCAGCACUGGCUGGCAUACCUGUCACAGACGCCAAUGGCACUAAGACCCAAAGUGAACCUCACCCAAGUAAUAGUGUUGAUGCUGAUGAUGUUUAUUGUAAAAGUAUGCCAAACCUUGGCUCCAGGAAUCAUGUCCACCAACUACACACUUACUAUCAACUCGGCCGAGGCAGCAGUGAUGGAUUUAUAGUUCUGCCCAAUAAAGAUGGAGCUUCUCCUGAAGGAAGUUCUAAAGAACCUUCUCAUUUGGUCACUAGUCUAUAGAGGGUAAUCCUAACUCAUGGUUUCUUGUUCUGAUCCAGUGGUAAACAUGUUGUGUGCACUCCUAAAUUUUGAUGUCAUUCAAGUACCGAUAAACUAUUUUCUGAAACUUGUAGGAUGGCCUGGGACAAUACUGCUUAUAUCCAUUAAGUACAAAAUAAUCCCUUAAAUCAAUUCUGAAUACGAAAGGGAUAUACAAGAAAAUAGCAUUCUUCAGAUAUCAUUGUAAUGACAUUUUGUUAUCAAAGGGACAUAGUAACUCUCCACCACUAGUUAAGUGCAAUUGUAUGUCCUUUUGGAUGACAAACUGUUCACUACUAGUUUCAUUUAUUCUUCUUCUGUAUCCAUUACUGUAUUUUCAGUAUGGAUGCAGAUUGGUAUUCACAGUAUCUUUAGCUGUGACAAUCCUGUAGGUUAAAUAAAAGAAUCUGUCUGAACAAACCAUGAGGGAACUGUUUAACAUAUAUGCUAAAGGGAACCAUUUAUGUUUUUUGCUGUAAUAAUUCCAGUUAUUAAAACAACUAAUGACGGAGAAUUCCAAGCAAUUUCUAUGUGAUGUACAGAUAAUAGCAUUGAACAUUAUAGUAUGCUUCUUCUGUUCCUCCAAACUUGCGACUCUGUAAAUGUAGUGGUUAGAGCGUUUUCUUUGUUUUUGUUGUGCUGGUCUUGCAGGG